AUGUCCUCAAUACGGCCCAUGACGCCCAUGGACCUCCUCAAAUUCAAUCCAUGCAAUCUAGACCACCUCACAGAAACCUACGGCAUCGGCUUCUACCUCGACUACUUCCGGCAAUGGCCCCGACUCUGCAAAGUCAUCGAAUCACCCAGCGGACAAAUCGAAGCAUACAUCCUGGGCAAAGUCGAGUCCUCCCCGACCGCCGCGCCCAUCGAACCCUACGACCCAUCCCUCAACCUCUACCGCAAAGGCAAAUUCUCCAACUACCUCCCCUGGCACGCCCACAUCACCUGCCUCACGGUCGCGCCCGCGGCACGAAGGCUGGGUUACGCGACGAGGUUGUCCGAGGCGAUUGAGAUUGCGGGGGAUGAGUGCGAUGCGUGGUUUGUGGACUUGUUCGUGAGGGUGGAGAAUGAGGCUGCGAUUAAGCUUUAUAAGAAGAUGGGGUAUUCCGUGUUUCGAAGGAUUACGGAUUACUAUAAUGAUGGGAGCGAUGCGUUUGAUAUGCGGAAACCGUUGAAGAGGGAUAAGGCGAGGAAGACGGUGAGGCCGAAUGGAGAGAAUAUCAGGGUUAGUCCGGAUGAAGUCUGGUGA